AGUUUUGAGAGACCAUUUCAGGAACACCAGAGGAAGUGUGACUCUACUGAAGUGAAGAGUUGGAAGAAUGCAUUGAAAGAGGUGGGAAAUCUAAAGGGAUGGCCUCUCAAGGGGGAGGCUACCAUUGAGGAUCAGUCAAUCUUAGUCGAGUUAAUUGGUCAAAAGGUUUUGAGAGAACUACGUAGCUCCCCCUUGGAUGAAUGUAAACACCUUGUUGGAAUAGAUUCCCACAUAUAUAAAGUACUUUCUUUAUUAAAUAUUGGUUCUGAUGGUGUGCGCUUUGUGGCAAUAUGUGGCAUGAGUGGCCUCGGAAAAACAACUAUUGCAAAAUCCAUCUAUAAUCGCAUCUUUAAAAGCUUUGAUGGGAGUAGCUUUCUUACAGAUGUGAGAGAAGAAGCAUCACAAGGAAAUAAGGGUUUAGUGUCCUUGCAAAAUCGACUUAUUAAAGAUAUCUUGAAAAGGGGCCACGAUGUGAGCAUUGUUUCUCAAGGAUCAACUUUGACAGAAAAGUUGCUUCAAGGAAAAAAAGUACUUAUUCUUGAUGAUGUGGAUGAUCAUGUACAGCUUAAUGUAUUGGCUGGUGAAAGCAAUUGGUUUAGUCAAGGAAGCAGGGUCAUCAUAACAACUAGAGAUGACCAAAGUUUGAAUCCCCAUAAAGUUGAUAAAGAUAUUCAAAUAUACAAUCCGGACGGACUGGAUUUUGAAAAUUCUCUUCAACUCUUAAGUUUGCAUGCUUUUUCAAAGAAUAAACCUCCUGAAAAGUUUAUGCAGCUUUCACGUCAAAUUGUUUGCUAUGCUGAAGGGUUACCCCUAACUCUAGAAGUGUUGGGGUCUUUUCUGUAUGACAAAAACAAAGAAGAAUGUGAAGAUGCAUUAGGAGGAUUGAAAGAUAUCCUUGAUAACAAGGUCUCUGGACUGACAAUGAGAAGCUAUGAUGACAAGGUCUUUGCAAAGUUGAUGAUAAGUUAUAAUAAUUUAAGUGAUUAUGUGAAAAUCAUAUUUCUUGAUAUUGCAUGCCAUUUCAUUGGAUGGGAAAUGGAAGAAACAAUUUCAAUGUGGGAAGCUUGUGAGUUGCGUCCGAGAUUAGCUAUAAAAGAAUGCACUCAAUAGUACCUCCUAAAGAUUGAUAAUUUUCAGAGAUUGAGGAUGCAUGAUCAAAUUCAAUUCAUGGGAAGAAGAAUUGUGUCAAAAGAGAGCCAUAAGGACCCUGCCAAACGUUCUAGAUUGUGGUCUCAUCAUGUGAUCUUAAAAGUAUUUGAAAAAGGCAUGGGAACUCAAAUGGCUGAAGGUAUCCUCCUUCCAUUUGAAGUGUGCAAUUUAAGCUUUGAAGACUUUGCGAAGAUGCCCAAUUUAAGAUUUCUCAAAGUUUCCGAUCGUUGUGAUAAUCUCAAUGGGGAUUUUUCGCAUCUUCCUUCUCAAUUAAGAUGGUUCCGUUGGCAAUGCUGCCCUCUGAAAAUUCUAUCAACCAAUUUUUAUCAUGAGGAAUUAGUUCAUCUUGACUUAUCGAGUAGUAACAUCAACCUUGCUUGGAAUGAUACACCUCAAAAUAAGAAUAAGCUGUUCCAAAAAUUGAAGGUUCUUAUUCUUAGUUACUGUUGGGAUCUCUGUGUCUCUUCCAACUUGUUCUCUUGGUUUCCGUGCUUAAAAAGAUUAGAUCUGUCUUGUUGCAAUUCCCUUUUGGAACUCCCAUAUAAUAUUUGUCAGAUGGCUUCUCUCCAAAUUCUUAUUUUCAAUAAUUGUGAGUCAUUCAACAAGUUGCCUAUGUCCAUCGGUGCUCUAAAACAUUUGGUCAAGUUUUUGAUAUGUGGGACAAAUAUCGAAGAACUGCCUGAUGGUGUUGGGCAGUUAGAGAAGCUUAAGGAAUUAGAUGUUUCACAUUGCUGUAAGCUAGUGAGGCUACCGACAUCAAUGGGUAGAAUGAGGAGUCUGCUUUAUUUGAACCUGGAUUAUACUAUGAUUGCAAAAUUACCAAAUGAUUUUUCAAAGCUGAUCUCGAGCUUAGAGGUGUUAAAGAUGGGCAUGGAGGAGCUAGAUAAUCAGACAGACUACAAGAGGCUUCAACCACUCCUAAUCAACAUGAGUGGUUUUCCUUCUCAGCUUCAGGUUCUAUAUUUGGAAGGCUACAUGAACCUUGAAUCCAUCCCAAAGCUUCCAUCCUCUUUAACUCAUCUAGAAGUAAAGAAGUGUAAUUCCCUGCAAAUAAUUUCAGAUCUAUCACAUUUGGAAAGUUUGAAGGAAUUAUUACUUUAUGAUUGUAGAUCAUUGGUAAGAUUAUCAGAUUUGUCAAACCUGAAAAGCUUGAGAAAAUUAAGCAUUUGUAAUUGUGAAAAUCUAGAGGAAAUUCAUGGCCUUGAAGGAACACAAUCCUUGCAACAGUUGAAAGCACCAGGUUGUCACAAACUAACAGAGACAACACGGAAGAUACUUGGGCAGGGAAGACUUAUUGAUAAUGUUGGCCAAAGUGUUCAGGGAAGUAACUCAAUUGCUGCUGAUGAUCAUCACAUCUAUCAAGCCUUGCCAAUUCUGUGUGUUGUUUUUGCAUUGACAUCUGGGAAAAUGUGGGAACAGCCGAAAUUUGUGGCCGGAGAGCUACUAACCAUCACUCUUUGGGUUAAUGCUUAUAUCCGUUGGGGAGUAAAAAGGACCUUCUGUAGAUAUUCAAUUAGAAUUGAGGACAUCAAAUUCACUAAGCGAGACAUAAUCUAUAUCCACCAUUUCAAAGGGUUUGAUUGGUUUGGGUUUCCGCUGGGAUGCAAUGAUGCUAUUGAGGAGUUAAGUGUAGAUAUAGACUUCAUAUUCAGGCACUCAAAUUCUGGCUACUACUGUAGUGAUCAGAUGGGUGCCCAUGUGAAACUUUGGAAGGUGUUGUUCGAAAACAAGGAUUCAGAGCAGCAAAUGCCUAACCAAGAAUCCAGUGCUAUGUUGGUAGCAGAUUUCUUCAGAUGGUCAGAUGCUGUUGAUGAUGAAGUAGGGAUAAUAAAUGAUGGGUUAAAGCAGCAAAUGCCUAGGGUAUCAGGUUUCUUCAGAUGGGUUAAUGUUGUUGAUGAUGUACUGACAUCAAAUGAUGGGUCCAUCCGGCAAACACAAGACUUCCCUAUUCUUCGAAUACAAUGUUCACACCCUUCAAUGAAGAAGGCAAUGUUGAGGGCUGGUAAGAGAGCUCUUCAUGAAAAGGAUUUGGAUGAAGCAGGUCCAUCCAAGCUGAAAAGGCAGUAUUGAAGGUUAUUGAAAGACUUAUUCUUUAUGAGGCUGAGGUAAUUAGUCUAAUUAGCCCUCCUCGAGCUGAAGAGGCACCAUUGAUGACUAUUGAGACACCACUUUUCUCAUGCAUCAUUUGUUUACACCUCCCUCAAUCUUAAUUUGUUCAAUCAUUGACAAAUGCGAUUUCAGGUGAACUAUACCAUCAAAAAAUGAAUUGAGGAUUGUGGAAGUUUGUUGCUCUUGCAUACUAAACUGCAUUGGCUAGCUGCUAUCUGUUCCUGAUGCAUCCUUUCUGGUAUUAAAUGGUACAAUAUGGACAUUUUAUGGCACUCAAUUUUGCUGGCUGUUGUUAAGAUUUAUCAAGAAAGAUACUAUAUUAUUGUUGUCAUAAUGAUGCUUAUCUAUACCAAAUUUUUGGACA